ACUAAGAGGCGUGGGGCGGGUUCCCUGCUGCUGGCGUUUCUUUAAAUACUCCGGCACUUGGGAGUUCCUGUGCAUUCUUACCUGCCACUCUGCAAAGAGUACCUCACCACUCUGCAGUCCCACGGACUCCGUCCUAUGCUUUCUGCGGGAAAUGCUGUUGUUUGAUUGCAACCCAGAGGUGGAUAAUCUGAAGCACCUGCUGGAGAACGGGGCCUCGGUCAACGCACCCCCAGAUCCCUGCGAGCAGUCGCCUGUGCACUUGGCCGCUGCUGGCGGCCUUGCUUGUUUUCUUCUCUGGCAACUGCAAACGGGCGCUGACCUCAACCAGCAGGAUGUUUUUGGAGAAGCUCCACUACACAAGGCAGCGAAAGUUGGAAGCUUGGAGUGCCUGAGCUUGCUUAUAGCCAGUGAUGCCCAAAUUGAUUUAUGUAAUAAGAAUGGGCAAACAGCUGAAGAUCUUGCUUGGUUAUGUGGAUUUCCAGAAUGUGCCAAGUUUCUUAUAACAAUUAAAUCUAUGCAGACAAUAAAAUCAAGUGAACAAUCCAACAGAGAUCAUAGUGUUCCAAUGCUCAGACAGAAACGAAGUUUUGGAAGUGCAGAAAGUAUAAAUGGGAAAAGGAAGUGUUGAUGUCAUGUUGGUUAUGAAGAAGCUUGAAGAAGGCCUUCACUUCACUGCAAGCUAUGGCUUUUGGCUUACCGUGUCUAAAUUUCUUCUAAGAAGGAGGAAAACUUUCUUCCAAGUGAAGACAGAAUUUAUAUAUGCCUAUAAUAUUUUGAUUGUGCAAACUUUGUCUUUUAAGUUAUUAAAAGAAUGUCUAAAUAAAUUAUUUUCUUUGUGUACAAUUUACCAACCUUUGAAAAAAUAUUGUAGUUUCAAACAUCAAAUUAUCCCCAGGAUAUAAUUUAGUUAUACUUUAUUAACAAAUGUAUAAUACAAGUUUACUAUAGUCUUUGAGUCCAAUAUAUUUUAAAAAAUCUUUGGUCGCUGAGGAAGACAUAAGUUAUAGUAAGCAUCCUUGUUCCAAAAGUCUGGGCCCUUCCAUCCACACCAGCCCUAGAUAUGGGAAAAGGGAAAGAAAAACCUUUUACAAUUACAGGAUUGUAAUUAAAUACAGGAUUACAUGAUCUAAAUUGUAAUAUCGGGCUCUGUUGCAGGCUCUUGGAAUAAAACUCCAAAUACUUAAAUAAUUCAAAGAUUUUUAAACUUUUAAUUAUUUAAUCAGAGAAAUCAUAAAAAGAGAAAAACUUUCUUACAAUAACUGUCACUUCAGACUAUUACAUUUUAUUGAUUCCAAGGUGUACAGAUUUAUAAUUCUGGCAAUUGAUAACAUGAUAGUUUAACUGGCAGUCUGUUUUCCUUUCUUGGUAUUCCAUAAAAGAAUGGAACACAUACUGUUCAAUGAUAUUUUAGAUAUGAUAAAAUACAUAGAGUGAGAAAUCUGAGCUUGCCCCGUGAGUUGCAUUCUAUGCUUUUUCAUCUUCUGAUGCUACAACCAAUUCUCAUUUCCAUUUUUCAUGUCAUUAUUAAUCCUUUUCCCCCAGUAAAGAAAAUUAUUUUCACACUAAAUCUCACUGUGAAUAUUAAAGUUAAUCAAUUUUUUUCUAGGGCCACUGAUUUAUUGUCUUAAAUAAGACCCAGUUGAUGACUGGUCCAUGUGACCUAUCAUGCCACAAUAAAAUACUUUUUUUGAAAA